GUUGGGAGGUGCGAAGAGCUUGCAGCUGGGAGCUAUUUGUAACACGUGAUAGGCAGAGGGCAGGGUACUUGGGGAAAACUAAGAGAGGUGUGCUUAAGCAAGGCUGAGUGUUUAGUGUUUGUAUGGCUUUAACAGUGAUCGUUGGUUAUUGACGAAUGGAUGCGGCCCACCCGCACUGGAGUCUUGUUUUGUAACACCACUGCUGACAGGAUGGGACUGCAAGUUUGACCCGGAGAAUGAUAAACUACGACCUCGUAGGAGAGCGUUUGUUUGUCCAGUCUGAUACUCUUCCUCCCGAGGUAGAGUGGACUUUAUCGCAUCGAAUUGUUUUUGCACAUCUAAACGGUUAAAAGUCCACCUUAUGAUUUCUUAUGACUGAUGGAAAGACCUCGGAGCUGCCCACUGGGUAUGUUGUUAUAGUGGGCUGAGAAACCUCGUAAGCGGCACUGAGGAAAUUCUUGGACACAUCCUAAUUUGGUCACCUAGCAACAUUCGUAGUCCUGUUUUGAGAACCUGAUUGGAAGUUAACAGUGGGAGGCUGGGCGUAUUGAUGACGUUUCCUUUGGAUUAUAUAAAAGGAGAGUUGUAAGAACUGAGCAUGGGGCAGAAGGUUACUGGAGGUAUCAAAACUGUGGACAUGAGAGACCCUUCUUACAGACCCCUGAAAAAAGAACUGCAGGGGCUGGAGUACAGCAAACCUCCGCGACUAGACAUGCUUUUAGACAUGCCAGCAGUCUCUCAUGAUGAUCAACUUCAGCAUUCUUGGAAUAACGAUGAUCGGUCAUUAAAUGUCUUUGUUAAAGAAGAUGACAAACUAAUGUUUCACAGACAUCCAGUGGCACAAAGCACAGAUGGCAUCAGAGGAAAAGUAGGUUAUACCAGAGGACUACAUGUAUGGGAGAUAACCUGGACAAUGAGGCAGCGAGGGACGCAUGCUGUGGUUGGGGUUGCAACAACAGAUGCUCCACUGCAUUCUGUAGGCUAUACUGCACUUGUAGGAAGCAACAGCGAGUCCUGGGGCUGGGACCUUGGACGCAACAGGCUACAUUUUGAUGGGAAAAAUCAGCCAAGUAGACCCUAUCCAGCAUUUCUAGAACCUGAUGAGACUUUUAUUGUACCGGACACUUUCCUUGUGGUUUUGGACAUGGAUGAGGGGACAUUAAGCUUUAUUGUAGAUGGACAGUACAUGGGUGUUGCAUUUAGGGGACUUAAAGGCAAAAAACUGCACCCUGUUGUAAGUGCUGUCUGGGGACACUGUGAAAUUAGGAUGCGUUACAUAAAUGGACUUGACCCGGAGCCAUUGCCGCUGAUGGAUCUGUGCCGUCGUGCAGUUAGGAUGGCUUUAGGAAAAGUUCGUUUGAAUGAAAUCCAUGCUCUUCCCCUGCCAGAUGCUCUGAAGAACUAUCUCCUUUACCAGUGAUGAUGAAACGUGAAAUGGAACGGUGUAUUUGCAAGAAGCUGCUGGCCUUUACAUGCAGCCGUCACUCCAAGCCUGUGUGGAUAGAGCUUUUGACUGAUCAGCAUGUUGUGCAUCUCUACUUGUGUUUGCAUUCCUUCAGUCAUGUUUUUAGACAACGUUAUCAGUUCAGUAUUCAGCUGUAAACUUCUGUGUUGUAGCAGAAGAUGAACAUGUUUAUUGAAAAAUCUGUUAAUCUGCACAUAAAGCUAUGGGGUAAUGCAUACCGAAUACUUUACUGAAGUUAAAAUCCUUGCAGUGAAUCCUUUACAGAAGGGUUGCAUGCAUUGUCAACUGUUACAUUACAGCAUUACAGUAGACUUUUUGUAAGACUGUAUUCAUUUCAACAGUGUAGCAGUUUUGCACCAGCUCUGAAAAGGUUUAACAGUUUGGAGAAGUCUUUCUAAAUGAGCUGGAAGCAGUUUCCAGACGCUUCAUGGCCUAGUUGUACACUAAAUUGUCCAAGGUGGAUUUUUGCAGUAUUUUGUAGAAUCUCAUUUUCCUGCUUUGCAUGGCUAGAGCAGCUAGAGCAGGGAAAAAACAUUUUGGAGACUGGAAUUCUCAAAAAAUUAGGGACUAGGACUAGCCACUUUACAGCCACUAUGCUAGCCUCAUGUCCCUUCUCUGAAUUGUUCAUUUGCACACUGCAUAGAUCUUGCUUUUGCUGUUGGUGCCCCUUAAAUUCCUAAAAUUCACUUUGACUGCUUUAGCUUGUAGUUUUUGACCUUUGGAGCCUUAAAGCUUGUGCAAAUUGGUUGCUCAAGCAUAUUUUGAAACCUGUUAAUGUGAAACCUUGGAAAAGACAUGUCUGACCUUCAUUUUGUAAGGUUGUUCUACAUGUGCAGAUUAACAGAUCUAACUUUUGCUGUGCAGAUUGUUUGCUAGUUGUGCCUGUAUGAAGUUAUCUAAAUGGAGAGUAGCACUUUCCUCCAUGCAGUUUCACAAAGGCUGGAUCAUUUUAACAGUUGAGUUUCAAACAUUUGAUGCACUAAAUAGGAUUGCUGUUUUGUGUUGUGCUGGAAAAGUUAAAGCAAGCUAUAGUUUGUGCAGGGAGUUGCCAUAUUUUAAAAAUGCCUUAUUUAGAUACAAGCAGCAAUGAUGAAUCUAGACUUAAUGCUGUUUUGUACACUUGUAACAUUUUUUUAUCACAUUUGCACAAUUGAUUGAAUUGUCAGUUUGAAAGCAGAACUUAAUUCUGCGCUUGUUUUGUGGAUGAGUUUUAUUGUCUUUGAACGGUGUUGUGCACAAAUUGUGUUCAGAGCUGCUGUAAGGUGCCUUUUGUAUUGCUUUAGAUUUUGUUUUAAAUGAAGCAGAAGGGUGCCAAGACCAGGUGUGUUGUGUGAAGUCUGAGAAGAGGUGAUUCUUGAAAUGCCGGUACUUGUUUUGUACAGGAGUCUCAUGUUUGGCUAAUAUCUUUGGGGACAGUCGGGGAAUUGCACAAACUGUAAAAUUGUAUUUGAUUUUGAAUCCCAGAACUGUCUGCCAUUAAUAGCCUCACUCUCCGUUCGCCUGCUAUGCAUGCAUGGUUCUACUUGCUGUCUAAAAUGGUUUGUCACUACAAGCCUUGUACAGUUGUAAAUCUUUUAAAAUUCUUUGUAAUGUACACUGUGUAGGUAAUCUUCACAACCACCUAAUAAAAACUAAAGUUUUAGUAAA